UCGGUGGUGCCAGCGUUCAAAAGCGUGAAAACAAUCAGACCGGACGGUUUGCAAACGAUCGCCGCGCAACAAGCCCAACCAGUUGUCAUCGUCACCAGCAAGCAGAAGAACGGCAAGAAACGUGUGUGUUGUGCGCGUGUGAGUGUUCAUCCGGCUAUCGGGUGCAACUGGAUGGAUUGCAGCAAACGAUAACAUUAUUGUGGCGAUCUUCUUGGAAGCAGCUUUUUGGCAGUGGAAAAGUGUGAUGUACUGUUCGAACAGAGAAGAAAAACUAAAGAGCCGUGAAUAGUAAAGUUACAAGUUUUUGGUAAACCAUACAGCGUGUGGAAAAGACGUAAAAUAAUACAAGGUUAGUAGUGGAACUUUGUUGGACUUUGGAACGUUCUUCUGGUGAAGUGUGUGCAACAAAGGACAUUGUCUCUAGCAGGCUGUCCCCACGGCUGAAUAUACCGUUAUCAUUCUGCCUAACCGUUACACACUAGACAGGAACCAACUUCGCCAGGACUAUUGUUGUUCCUGCUGUGUUACACGGAAAUAUUGGACGGUGCAUGCCCGGACAUGCUUCUUUUGUCGAAAUAGUCAAAGUAGCAGCAGCAGCAGCAGCAGACACGGAAAACGGUUUUUAUUAGUUCGUGCAACACGUUGAAGAACAGCCCGCAGACGACCAGAGAGACAGCCAUUGCCGGUGUUAUAAUAGAGAGAGUAUCUCGCGCAUCACGGGGUAGAAAUUUUCGCACAGUUCCGCGAGCCGCGAAAACGUCGUGUGCGUCCGCCUGCGUCGUCGUCGUGUCGACAGAAGAAGCCAACAGCAGAACCAAGAUCAAGAAAAGUAGCAACGGAAGAGACAAACACAGACGGACCCCGAAACAGCUUAGAACAAAAGCAAGUCGCAAUUUUUGGUACGUUCGCUUCACCGGGCCGUGCUAGAUAGGGGUGGGGGGUUGCACCAGCAAGAGGAAGUGGAAGACAAUCUGCCUGCGUAACGUUUUUAGGUUAAGGCAGGCAACAACAUCCCUCUGCUAAGUGUGAAAUCUUCACCAACAGAUACACACGCGGAGCGGCACAAUGGCACCACAGGCAGCAGCAACGACGACGCCGGUAGUAGCAGCCGGCGCAAGUCUGGUCGCGAACAUCCCUACCGCUGCGUCGGUCACGCAUCACCCGGCCAUGCCCGGUAUCGGACAUCUAUCCUGCGAGGAAAUCAUCUACGAGGAGGUGGACAACAAGUUUGCCGAACCGGAUCGCCACAUGAUCAGUGAUGCACGCGUUAUCCAGAAUCUGAUCCGGCUAGAACGGUUGACCAUUCCACCGCUGAACUAUUUUGUCUCGGUGCAGCAGAACAUUAAGCCAAACAUGCGAAAGAUCGUCACCACGUGGAUGCUGGAGGUUUGCGAAGAGCAAAAGUGCGAAGAGCAAACGUUUCCAUUGGCCGUGAAUUUCUUCGACCGCUUCCUGUGCGCCCUGCCGAUCCAACGCCACCACCUGCAGCUGCUCGGAUGUUGCACCCUGCUGCUGGCGUCGAAAAUUCGCCAAUGUCAGCCAUUAACGGUGGACGUGCUCAGUGCCUACACCGACCAUGCGGUUUCGCCGGAUCAGAUAAGGAGCUGGGAGUUGCUGUUGAUCAGCAAGCUCGAAUGGAACAUCAACGCGGUGACAGCGUACGACUACGUAGAUCACAUUCUGGAACGCUGCAAGUGGGGCUCGGACGAUUCCCGACUGCGCGAACAUGCGCACACACUCAUACACGUCUGCAACACCGAAACCAUCUUCAUGCAAGUGGAACCAUCACUGCUAGCCGUAUCCUGCAUCGCGUCGGCCACACGCGGUCUCAACGUAUCGUCCAAGCUCGCCGUCGGUUACGAUCUCUGCCAGCUGACCAUGCACGAUCUGCAGAAGAUCGACGUGAUCGUGAAGGUGAUCGAGGACAUUGUGGCGCGUGAAAUCGCGGACAAGCAGUUCCAGCAGCAGCAGGUCGCCCAACAGCAAGCGCAACUGGCGGCGGCCGGCAGCAGCUGUAAGGAGCAGUACCAGCAGGCGCCCCAGAGGUUGGCCAAUGCUAGCAGCAGCAGCAGCAGCAGCAGCAGUACGGUGCCGCCUCAGCAACAGCAACCGGAAACACCGACGGAUGUCCAGUACAUCUACUUCUAGAAAGGAUUUCCCAACCAAAACAAAAACACGAGAGGAGAGGAGAGAGCACAGCACACGUCUAACGUAAGCAUCUCUUCCGAUCGUUCCCAGCAGCAAGAGUAGCAGCGUCUUUACCGUGCGCAACUGUAUUGCUCCCCAGAACAGCCAACAACGGCCGUGUGUGUGUGUGUGUGGCCGUUUAUAACGCCACAAUCAAUCAUAUGGUUGGAGCUGUUGGUAGCGCGGGGUGGAUCAAAAUC